CAAAAAGAUCCGCUCGUCUGUCAAACACGGCGACCGUCAUCUUUCAACAGAAGAAGCAAAGCAAACGACACGAAGUUGUGUAAGGAAAUCCAAAGCCGAAGUAAAACGUAAAAUUCAGCUGGUGUAAAUCAUUAAAAGUUGUUAAAAUUACUAUACAAGGCUCUGCUGAACAAAGAGGAAAUCACUUCCGGGAAAAUACUAUUAGUGAGGAUAGCUGUUUCAAAUCCCGCACACAAUGGCUGGUGCAAUGAUGUUCGAUCGCGCACAGUCGCUGCAGCUGAAUCGCCAGGAUCUGUCCACGAUCGCCGCGGAUCUCGAAGUGGAUGAAAACGAUGAAGAGCAAAUCCGGCAGAAGGAGCAGAAAAUUCUCGAGCUGGGUGAGGCGUACAAAAAAGAGGGCAAGGCCAAGGAGCUGGCUGACUUGAUCAAGGUCACCAGACCAUUUCUCAGUUUCCUGAGUAAGGCCAAGGCCGCCAAGCUAGUUCGAUCGUUGGUGGAUUUGUUCCUUGAUUUGGAAGCGGAAACUGGCAUCGAAGUUCAGCUCUGCAAGGAAUGCAUCGAGUGGGCCAAACAAGAAAAACGAACCUUCCUGCGGCAGUCGCUAGAGGCCCGAUUGAUCGCACUAUAUUUCGAUACGGGAAUGUACACGGAAGCGCUGGCUCUUGGCAGCCAGCUUUUACGGGAGUUGAAGAAGUUAGACGACAAGAAUCUGCUUGUGGAAGUGCAGUUGCUGGAAAGCAAAACCUAUCACGCGCUUAGUAAUUUACCCAAGGCCCGCGCUGCGCUGACUUCGGCUCGUACGACAGCCAAUGCGAUCUACUGCGCCCCGAAGGUACAGGCCACGCUUGAUUUGCAGUCCGGAAUUUUGCACGCCGCCGAUGAGAGAGAUUUUAAGACCGCCUUCUCGUACUUUUACGAAGCUUUCGAGGGCUUCGACAGCGUGCAGAAUUCAAAGGCACUGACCGCACUCAAGUAUAUGCUGCUGUGCAAGAUCAUGCUGGGCCAGAGCGAUGACGUGAACCAGAUUGUUAGCGGAAAAUUGGCAAUUACCUACUCCGGCCGGGAUAUCGACGCGAUGAAAGCGGUCGCGCAAGCCUCGCACAAACGUUCGUUGGCCGACUUCCAGGAUGGUCUGAAGCAGUACAAGCACGAACUGGAGGACGAUGUCAUCGUGAAGGCCCACUUGGGAACGCUGUACGACACCAUGUUGGAGCAGAACCUGUGCCGUAUCAUCGAGCCGUACGCUCGUGUCGAGGUCAGCUUCAUUGCCAAGCAAAUCGCCCUGCCCAUCGCCCAGGUCGAGAAGAAACUGUCGCAGAUGAUCCUGGACAAGAAGUUCAGCGGAAUUCUCGACCAGGGAGUUGGCGUGCUGAUCGUGUUCGAGGAAACUCCGGUGGACAAAACCUACGACACGGCCCUGGAGACGAUACAGCACAUGGGAAAGGUGGUAGACACGUUGUACCAGAAAGCCAAGAAACUGACGUAAGUAACUGCAUCGGACGCGAGACAUUAGGUUCUAUUUCUAUUUAGGCUUUUUGUUUUCUGAUUCGUGCGGAGAAAAAUAAUAAUCUAUUCAAUUUGUCAAUCAUUUUGUCGUCUCUAUUAUCCGUUAUCGUUGGUUGAUUCAUCUACAGAAUAAUAUAGCAAAGAAAUGAGUCCAUUAGCUACAGAAUCGGAUUGCAAAACCACACAGCAGGAAUGUAACGAAAUAAUCAAUAAUAUUCUCAAAAAUCACUGAAAAAAAAACUUGAAUGCAACUAACUACUAAGACUUUGAGCAUACGCCGAAAACGAGGAUACUUAGGAGCGUUUAAAUAUAAUUGUACGAUUUACGCUGAUGAAAACGUUAUGAAGAAAUUGGGAAAGUGAAUAAUGUGAAGAUCAGUAGGUAAUAUAUGAAAGUCAGCGCUUCUGAUUGGAAGCAUUGAAAGGUGUGCGCUGCUGAAACAUAAUUUAGGAAGAACAACUAGACCUACAACUAUUAUCAAGUAAAUUAUUUCGUAAAAAUCCUGAAUCAAA